AUGCAGAGCUUCCUGACGCUGCUGAAGGAGAGCAGAGAUACCGGCCCACCCCCCGCGGAGCUGGUGGACCUUGCAGGAAGGCUGUACCGGGACCUCCGGGGUGACCUCGCCCAGGUGGAGCCCUUGGUGGAGGCCGUGCUGGGGAGCCCGCUCCGCCUGCACCUGCUGGACAGAGAGGACGUGGCUGUGGUGUGCGCGCUUGUCCUGGCCCGGCAGGAGCGGCACCAGGCAGCCUGCAAGCUCCUGGAGAGUUGUCGGGUGCUGGGGGGGAGCUUGGAGCUGGUGAAGCUCUGGAACGACAUCCACUACCGUCUGGCCAUGAGGAGGCUGGACGUGGCCACGCUGACCCCUGUGCAGAAGUUCUGCUGCAGGAAGAGGAAACCACCACCCCCCUCCCUCUGUCCCGAGGGCCUGAGGAGCCAGAAUUUCCCCAGGGAGGUUCGACAGAAGCUGCAGGACUUCGCCUCAGGCGUGAGCACCAACCCCGACAAGGCCCAGCGGGAGACCCUGUGGUCAGAGACGAGCCUCUCGGAGGAGCAGGUCUACAACCGGUUUGCCAACUAUCGUCGGAAACGAAGAGCCCUUCUCCAGCGUGUACAGCCGGCAGGGGGGACCUCAGCAGAAGGCCCUGGUGCCUGGGGGUGGGGUCCAGAGCCCCCUCAUCCCUCAGGGGACCCCCAUGCUGACCCUCAGUGUGUGGACAGGUCUCAGUGGUCAGGACAUGAGGAAAAGGGGCCUCCACGGUCCCCAGAGGCCACUCAAGGACAAUGGGCACCACUGGCCCCUGCCCUGGACCUUCCUGGAGACGAGAUGCUCUCAAGGCCACUGGCUCCCAGGUCCCUACAGGGCGGUGAGAUGCACCAGGGGGGGCCUGGCCAAGACCCUGCCACGUUCACCCCUGUCUGCCCUGGCAGCAACAUGGUGGACCUGUCCCUCGCUGCCCCAGGGUCAUGGCUGAUGUCACUUGCACUGGCGUCCUCCAGAGAAGCCUCUUUCCAGCCUGGGCAGCUGGUCCACAGCCAGGAUCUGGGCUUCAGGAUGCCCUGGUCAGACGCUGCCAUGACAGGAUUCACUGACAUGCCCACCAGGACCCGCCAGAGCAAGUAUCUGGAGGAAGGUCCAUGUAUGAGCGGUGGACACAUGGAGCUACAGCCCCCACUCCUGCCUCCAGAAUUCAUCUUUCCCCAAAGCCCCCAAGCGCCAGCGCAAGCCACAUCCUCCUUCCCCCAUCCUGUGUCCGCCGUGGAGCUGAGCCAGCCCCAGCCCUCCAGCCAGGUGCAGUGGCCUGAUGGUCAGGCCUCCAGUGAUACCUUCUGGGGAGCACAGAUGCUCUUUGAGUUUUCAGGGGGAAGCCUGGGCGGAAGUGCCUCUUGGGAGAUCGCGAGCACCCCAGGAGGAGCAGAUGUGGAUUGUCUGGCUGCUCAAGACUACAAGUUGUGGAGCUUUAUCCCCAAAUACAAGAAGGAAUCCCCAGGAUUACUUGGUGGCAGCAGCAGAUGGAGCCCUCGGGUUCCAGAAAGAGGGCCCACCAAAGUCAUCCCUGACUCAGUGGAGUCCCAGGUGGAGGCUGGUCAGGAGGACCAUGAGCAGGCUUGA